AUGGUUAGUUCACAAUACUCAAAUAGAAGCAUUUUAUUAUAAUAUACAUAAGGCUAUAAUUUAAUAAAUAGAAUUCCCCUUAUUCAGAAUGAAUAAUUAAAUUUAAAGUCAUUCUUUGGUAUGGUACAAAAGAAGGGAGAGUCUUGGAUUGGGAUGUUGAGUUAGGAUAUAAAAAAUGAUAUAGAUAAAUAAGUGUAUUUCAUUCUUGAACAUUAAUCUAAAUACCUGUUCAGAAAGUAUCAGGGGAAUUAUUUAAUUUAUGUUCUUUUCACAUUUAACACCACAUACAGUGGCAUCGCUUUAAGGCACAACAAUUUAGCAGCUUAAUCCAGCAAAGGACUCCAGUGGUCUAGCAAUAGCGAAUAUAUGCUUCAGCGAGGGCGUUCAUUAUUGGGAAAUCGUAUGCCCUUUUAAUACAGAAGGAGUGAAAGUAAGGCGUAGUCCUAAUUGCAGAUUGGCAUAUCCAAAUAGUAAUCUCCAAGCGAAAAUUUUGAGGGACACCUAUUCGAAUUUAAAACGACAACGCAGAGAGUGGUGGGUGUGCUUCUUAAUUUCAACGAGCAAUCACUGUAAUUCUACUUGAAUGGCAAUCUGAGCACUAACAAAGGCAUACCAAAGGGCACUCUGAUUUCAGGUCCUUGGUACCCUUGUGUUAGACUAUCGCAAUUUGGGAAUUCGGUGCAUUUGACAAUGAAGUAUGAGGAUCGCAGUGUAGUAGAGCAAUUAGAACAAGUCUAGCUUUAGAGUUAGUAAAUGUAGCAUUCGAAUGCCUCCUUCACGAUGAAUAAGUAUCGAUAAUAUGAUAUAGAUAGAAAUGAAAUUCACCAAUUGCAAGAUCGAUUAGUGUCUGUUCGAAAUUGUCCAUUGGUAGGCUAACAAAUUCCCAAGGCAGAAUUAGAGGUACUAAUAAAGAUGAAGUUGGUGAUGUGCAAUUAUCAGGAGGACAAUGAGAUAGUAUAUUUAAUUUUGGACGAGGAAGCAUCAAAGAAACUUAAAAGGAUAAGACAAUAUUUAAAACAUCAUGUGAGGAAGUUGAAGGAGAAAUUCGAGAGCAAACCCUAAGAGAAAGGAGAAUGA